AUGUCAGGAAAGAUGUGCAGCAGCAACAGUGUUGUUCAGGCUCAAAAAUUGGUGGACCAACUUCGAAUGGAGGCAAGCAUGGAGAGAUUCAAGAUCUCACUGACAGCCGCAGACUUGGUCCAUUACUGUCAGGAGCACAGACGCAGCGACCCUCUGCUCACCGGCAUAGCUGCCUCGUCCAAUCCUUUCAAAGACAAGAAGACCUGUGUGCUGCUUUGA